AUGAGUCAACGAACAGGUGUUGUAGUUCGAACAGCAGCCCAAUGUACAACACCGUUUGAGGUGGUAGCUGGACUAAGACAAACGACAAUGGCAGGACCCUUCCUGAUCAGCUUUGUCAUCGACGACAUUAUGCGAAGAACAGUCGGCCAGCGUCCUGCCGAUAUUAUUCUAGCACCCUCAGUACGCCCCUUGAUCGAUCUCGAGUACGCUGACGAUGUUGUUAUAUUCGCGGAAAGCAAUACGAAACUUCGGUCCGGAAACGGUCAAUUUUGUAUCGAAGGUGGCUGCGACUAUAGACUAUGUCUACGUGAGAAAGCGUAUCGAGCAAACUUUAUUCUAUUGUGUGAAUAG